AACGACGGUGGUUGCAACAUUUUUCGUGAUAUAUCGUCAUAAUGAUUUAACAUUUCGAACAUGUGCAAAUAAAAAAAAAUUAAUAAUAUGGAGACAAAUAUAAGGUUGAAAAAAUGUUCAUUGCUUGUUGGACCAAAGUUAAAGAAUAACAAAUUCUAAUAAAAAUAAUAAUAAGAAGAAGAUGAGGAAGAAAUAAUAACAAAUAUAAUACAUAGUUUUUAAUGAAAUUUUAAAGUUUGUUAAAAUUUAAAGUUAGCGUUAUGGCGACACGAAUAAUUCUAAAUUAUAUAGCGCUAUAUCUUUUUAUAUUUCUAUAUAAUUAUUACUGCAUCAGAGCGGAUCAUAUGAAACCAAGGGAGUCUCCACCAUCACCACAUCAACACAUCGGAUCAGCGUGUGACCUCAUUCUCGAUGGUUACCAGCGACACCAAGAAGUAGAAAACUUUUUACGGCGGGUAUGUGAGAUGCACGAGAAUGUGACUGAGCUCUUUGACAUCGGAUCCACGUAUGAAGGAAGAAGAAUGCUGGUUCUUAAGAUUGGCUUCAAGAAGCAGGCAACAACACCAGCAAAUGAGCGGAGAAAAAGCGCGUGGAUUGAUGGAGGUAUACACGCGCGCGAACAUAUUGCCCCGUCUACGGUUUUAUACAUCAUCUGUCAAGUUCAUAUCUUUAUUUUCUUCCUAAAGGGCAUAACUGUGAAUAGCAAAAAGAUCACAAACCUACUGACCCAAUCAGACUGGUACUUUCUUCCAGUCGUCAAUCCGGACGGCUACGAGUACUCCUUUACAAAAAACCGAAUGUGGCGUAAAAAUCGCCGACCCACAUCGCCGAAUUGCAUUGGGGUGGAUUUAAAUCGUAACUGGAUUUUUGGCUGGGGAGGAGCUGAUUCGGAAGCAAACCCAUGCGCCUUCAAUUAUAGAGGAGAGCAUGCUGAAUCGGAAGCAGAAGUUAUCAACAUCGUCCGCUUCAUAACAGACCAACAAAGUUGUGACAGUCAAUUCUUUAGCUUCAUAACCUACCAUUCCUAUGGACAGAAAAUAUAUACUGGCGCACAACAUGGCUAUGGUGACAAUAACGAAGCGACAGCAUUAGCGUACGAAAUGUCAAAGUCCAUAAAAAAAGUGAAUGGUGCUCACUAUCAGGUCGGAACCUCAAGUGCAUUGGCCUACCCGUUCGGUGGAGGAUCGUCUGAUUGGGCAAAGCGGGUGGUGCAGAUAAAAUAUUCUUACUUGAUAGAACUCAGAGAUCGAGGACAGAACGGAUUCCUGUUGACGAGGAAGGAGAUCGUUCCAACAGGACAGGAACAGUGGGCAGCUAUUUUGAAAUUGGGUGCAGCCAUAUUAAAUGCUCAAAAUUUAAAAAAAGUAAUAAAUUGCACAGACGAAACUAAGCUUAAAUACCAGUACAAACAUCCGAAAUUAGAAAAGUUAAAUAUUCAUAUAGCACAGAGGCACAAAAAUAGUUGGAAAUCUAUGAUAUCCAAUAUAGGCAGCACAAAUGUUAAACACUACUUAACAGUGUUUAUUUUAUUUUUUGUCAUCAUUGUGUUGCUUUCAUAGCUUUUAGUUAAUUAACUUAAUGUUUUUUGUUAGGUAAAAUAAAACUAUCAUUGUCUUGUUCAUAUCAAAAUUCUAUCUCAUAAUCUCCUAAACCUAAUAAUGUAUAAUUUGGUAAAAUAGAAAUCCUGACAUUUUUGGUAUGUAGUAUUUUGAAUAGUUACCAUUAAGUAUUACUGAGCACGCACUUUAGCUCAAAUUAGGCUGGUAGUUUUAUAAUGAAAUCAUGUAGUACUCAGUCUCCUAAAAAUGAAAAUGUUUAAUUUGGUAUUGGAAAUUUUGACGUUUUAGAUUACAUAGUAUCUUGAAUCGACCGAAUAGUUACCGUUACAGAACACGCAAAAUAUUUCGAUGUUUUUGGAUUGUGCGACGAUAUAAUAAAUAAAGCUGGUUGUUCUUUUUUACUA